CAACUAAAAAGUUGCGCUUUAAUUAGGAUUAUGUUCUCUGGUCAGCAUAGAGAUAUUUGUGCGGAUCGGGGUUGUGAUAGCUGUCGUGAUUUAUCUGAAAACGUUCAUUGUACUUGUAUUUCAAAUAUCAAACGGGCGAAACCAUCAUCAGACAAUACGGGUAUGCCUGUUGAUCAAAAGAAGAAACGUUUGCAUAAUAACAAUAAUAAUAAUAACACUAAUACUAAUACUAGUUUAUCACUUCCUAUGGCAAAAAAAGAUUGUAUAGAUACAUUCAGUUGUUGGUCAAGUGGAGAUCAAGUGGAUUUUAUCUGUCAUUUAUUAUCGAAAAUUUCACAUUUUCAACAAAGUCAAAUUAAUGACUUUUUAGAACCACUGUUGAAACGUGAUUUCAUCGUUGCCCUUCAAAAUCGUGGAGUCCCAUAUCUCGCUGAAAUGAUAUUAGUCCAGUUAGAUGCAUCUAGUCUACUUUCAGUGGAACUUGCCUCUAGAGGUUGGCAAUGGAGUGUAGCCAAAUAUCAACUUUGGCGACGUCUCCUGGCGCGUCGUGUAGCCACAGAUCCAGUAUGGCAUGGUCUAUGCGAACGUCGUGGAUGGAUCGAGUUUAUUGAUCAUUCUGAUCCAGCUUAUCUGCCAGCAUUGCUUGAAAGACGUCGAGUUCCCAUAGGCGUCAGGCAUCAUAAACUAACCGAAUUCUCUCCAUUCCUUGAUGCUAAUAGUUCAUGUAUGGAGUGUGAAGCGUCUAAACUCUCUCCAAAGUUAGAUUCCACUAGUAAUAGUAAUAGUAGUAGUGCAAAUCAACAGCAGCAACAAAAUCCUCCAGUUUGUCAAUGUCACUUGAACAACAAUCAACAUCCUGCAGUAUAUCCUUCUGAUUCAUCCCAUUCAUCUCAUCACAUAUCAAGAACACAGAGUGUUUCUUUUUCAAGAGAUCCUGUUAACGAUGCUCCUGGCAGUAGCAGCAACAGCAACAGCAACAACAACAACACACCAAGCUGUUCUCUGAUUCCCUACAAUUCGAAUGACAGUGGUUCAAGUCAUCAUCAACAUCGAUUCACGAAUACAAAUUCCUCUUUCAACAUGGAAACUGAUUUACACGAUGCCUUAUCCUAUGAAACUGUGAUGUUUGCUCAUCGUUUUUAUAAGCAACUGUAUCCACGCAUAAUCCGUGACAUUGCGCGUGUAGAAGAUAACUGGACUAGAGGUCAAUAUCACUUAACCCGGAUCCCAUGUCGAAGUGAUGUUACAAAAGGUGUUUAUUGUCUUCAAUAUGAUAAGCAUAAAAUUGUUAGUGGUUUAAGAGAUGAUACUAUUAAAGUAUGGCAAAGAAUACCAAAUAUUUGUACAACUAAUAAGAAUAAAGCUUCUACCUCUGAUGGUGCUUCUGCUCUCGCAAAUCCUGAUGGGAAUGGUGAUCCCGCUUUUAAAAAUCGACCAAGAAGUGAUGUCUCAGCCGGUGGAGGUGUCGGUGUCGGUGUUGGUGUUGGUGGUGGUGUUGAAGCCUCGAAUCAAGAAGGUUUCAGUGGAGCAGCAUGCUCCGAUGGCUAUCAUUGUACACAAGUCCUUGAAGGUCAUUCUGGUUCUGUGUUAUGCUUACAGUAUAUUGGAAAUUUAUUGAUCAGUGGUUCAAGUGAUACAACUGUUCGUCUAUGGGAUCUAUCAACUGGUUGUUGCUUGAGUGUGAUUAAUCAUCAUGCAGAGGCUGUGUUACACUUAAGAUUUCGAAAUAAUGUCCUUGUAACCUGUUCAAAAGAUCGUAGUAUAGCAGUUUGGGAUAUGGGUCCAUGGCCAAAAGAUGUUCAAUUGCGCCAGGUGCUUGUUGGACAUAGAGCUGCUGUCAAUGUUGUUGAUUUUGACGAUAAGUAUAUUGUCUCGGCUAGUGGUGAUCGUACAAUCAAAGUUUGGGCUACAGAUACCUGUGCAUAUGUACGCACGUUAACCGGUCAUCGACGAGGUAUUGCAUGCCUACAAUAUCGGGAUCGAUUAGUUGUUUCCGGCAGUUCAGAUAAUACAAUUCGUAUUUGGGAUAUUGAAACUGGUGUUUGUUUCCGUGUACUUGAAGGACACGAGGAACUUGUACGCUGUAUCCGUUUUGAUUCUAAGCGUAUUGUAUCAGGUGCAUAUGAUGGAAAAAUCAAGGUGUGGAAUUUAAAAGCUGCGCUGAAUCCACGUUCCAAACCGAACCAAUUGUGUAUUCACACGCUGCAACAGCACACGGGACGAGUAUUCCGUCUGCAAUUCGAUGAUUUCCAGAUUGUCUCUUCAUCGCAUGAUGAUACCAUCUUAAUAUGGGAUUUCGCUCGACCAGCUACAGGGAGUGAAGAACGCGAUGAUGGAUUCGAUGAUGGAAUUAAUGCUGCACUAGCAUCACAGAAUAAUUGUAGUAAUGUGAAUAAUGUGAAUGGAUCGGCUGUCAAUCCCAUUGCAAAUAUUAAAGCUGUCUUUCUCCCAUCAACUGGUAAGAAAUGAUUCGCUUUCUUACACACAUACACACGAAUUAACUAACUAACUGUAUACGUGCAUAUAUACAUACAUUCACAUUUAUGAUGAUACUGACUGACUGACUGACUCAGUGGAUCUCUGCUUUCCUCUCUCUCUUCUUAACAAAAGGAAAACCAAGUCUUAUUUUAUUUCUUUGCUUGUACACAGUGCGUUUUCUCCUUGUGUCACACUUCUUUGAAUCAAUCUUUACUAACUUUCUGGUUCUUCUUCUUGAAGAGUCGUCAAUUUUUAUCAUAUUAAUUAUCAUCAUUAUUAUUAUCAUCAUCACUGUUGUUGUUUGAAACUGAUAGAAAACGUUGACUUAUCUCUCUCUGUCAAUCCUUGUUCAAAUUUAUCCGAUGCUGUGUUGUUACUAGUACCUCCCCCGCUCCCAGCGCCUUCAGUCACUGCCGCCUCCCUUCCGAUCCGUCGACACAUCCUGCUGCUACUGCCCAAUUCUACCCUCGCCCUCCUUGCCCCGUGUUCAUUGGCGACUGCGGCGGCAGUGGUAGGGGCGCCGGAGGUGAGGAAUGGUGUUGUCGACUUUUAUGAAAUGUAAACUAUGAUAUAUAUAUUUCUACAAAUUACUAACAACCCUAUGUUUAUUGUUCCCCUUCACCUCACCCCACCCCAUUCCACUCCACGAUUUUAUGAAUCCUCAUUAUCACUAUUACUAUUACUGAUACAACACAUUGUCAGUUCACUUGCACAGUAUUUAAUUUUCAUUUGUCUAUCACAUUCUUUUAUCCAGUCUAUUUUCUCUUCCGUCGUCUGUCUGUCUGUAUGUCAAAUGUUUCCUUCGCACUAUCUGACGAUUAUUCGUGUGUGUGUGUGUGUGUGUUCAUCUUUUCAGUCUUCUUCUUCUUAUGGUGAUGACGAUAAUGACGAUAUGGUCACACACACUCAGUUAUUUUUAUUCUUGCAUAUAAAUACAUAUACAUAUAUAUGAA